CACUGAUCAUCAGUGUGCCCUGAUGCUCAGUGUAGCCCCAGCAGUGCCAUUUGUCAGUGUACAUCAAUGCCAGCUGUCAGUGCUCAUCAAUGUCACCUGCCAGUGCCCAUCAGUGCCACGUAUCAGUGCCUAUCUGAGCUGCCAGUCAGUGCCACCUAUCAAUGCCAUGCCAGUCAGUGCCACAUAACAGUGCCACUUAGAAGUGCCAUAUAUGAGUGCUGCCUUCCAGUGUCCAUCAGUGAUGCCUGUCAAUGCCCAUCAGUGCCACCUACCAGUGCCUCCUCAUCAGUGUCCAUCAGUGCCACCUAUCAGUGCCCAUCAGUGCAGCCUAUCAGUGCCCAUCACUGCAGCAUCAUUAGCGCACAUCAGUGAAGGAGAAAAAUCACCUAUUUACAAAAUGUUAUCA